AUGCUCCUCACCCAGGCGGACUGGUUAAGGAUGCCGGCCGGAGAGCUGGGGGCCUCCUUCGAGUCUCCGAAUGGAGUUCAUAUCAUUGGCAACCCUUUAUUCAAGAGACAUAAGACGUUACCUCAUCCUCGUGAAAACCGAGUUCAACAUGCCCACAUCUCCCUCCCUGCGACAGGGCCUCAGGAUGUUACCAUCAGUGCUGCAACUUCAUCGCGGUCAAGUUCUGAUACAAGCCCUCGCACUCUGAAACAUUCAUCGAGAAGGAUCGGACCUCCCGUUUUGCCUCCAACUCCUCCCCCUCACUCCCACAAAUCCUCGGCCCACUCUUCUGCUGCUCCUGCGCCCGUCUAUGAAGUCGCCGGGAAAAGUCCUACGGCCAUGGCUUCAGCGCCAGGCACGCCACCGAAUCAGCGAAGCCCACCCACGCCGGAUGUUACUCCCCCUCGAGCAAUGCCGUUGACGUUUCGACCUCCACGGAGCGAUCGAUACCUCUCCUCGCAGUCGCGUUCCGACUCUUUCAGGACAGCCCGAGAAAACCCCUACUCUUCCGACGAGGAUGGGGGCUCAACACUUCGUCCAGUUCUUCCUGUGACGAGACCAGCCGAUGUAGAAGUUACACCGCCUCGAUUGAGGAGUGAGAACCGUAAAGAAGUCGGGUUAGGACUGGGUCUUGAGUCUGAUAAUGAGGGAACAGCAACUCCGAAAGCAAGUACAGGCUCUCAACAGGAAUUUCUUGUGUUUGAUGGAGAAUGGGGAUCGGCUGAGGAGGAAACGAGCGAGGUUGAAAGGGAAUGGGAUGAUAAUCUCAUGAGGAACGUGACGGUGCGGAAGAGGCCUACUCGGAAGCCUUAUAGGUUUACCGAUGGGGCUACCGAUGAGGUUCUGGAAGAUGAUAUCAUUCCACCGACCAAUGCUACAAAGGUUGUUCGUGGUCUUCCCUUACAGGAGAGAAUUUCCAGGCACCGAUCGGAAAGGGACGCGAAAAAUCUCGGUGAACCAAUGGUUUGGCCCUCAGCAGUUCCAGAUUCCGAUUCUCCUGCAACUCCAGACGUCAGGAGGUUUUCGGCUGCGUCGGGACGUUCUACAUCUACUGUCAUUGAGGCCAUGGUUGUUGAUACCGUUCCAGCGCAGAAGAAAACACUCCGGCGCAGUAAGAAGCUGCUGGGUCUCCGAGACCUAGGUGAUCAGUCUGCGACAACUUCUACGACUUCAGUGAUUUCGAGUGAGCCACGACGCCAACUAUCUCACAAGAAAUCAAAAACAUCCGAAAAAGGACAUCGGUGUUUGGCUUCUAAUACAACUGUCAACUCCAGUGGCAAGUCCCGACGAGAGGUCAUAAACAAUGGAGGUAUUCCCGUUGUGGUCAUUCCAGAUCGUCGUUCUUCUGCGAACGCGAAAUCAUCGAAACCACCAUCUCUAAGAUCUACAAGUAGCCGUCGUACAAAACGAACCGUUUCUCUCAGUUCAGCACCAGUAUCUCAAUCUUCGAAGUUCAACGAACCGGGAUAUCUCGAUUCCCACCCGGUCAGAAGACGUACCAUGUCUGAAUCUGAUGAGUCAUACCGCUCUGUGCGUACCAUUGACUUUCCGCCAAAUAUUCCUGCCAGACGAUCAUCCCUGUCAGCUCCAACGAGCCGCAAUACGUCACGUGCAGGAUCUUUGACCGCGGAGAGCUUGAAAGCCCACAACUUGAUCCAGAAUCAGGAAGCAGCAAAAGCUGAAAUACUGCAAAGCCCCCAGUCUGAAUCACAGGACGUUGGGCAGAGCACCAACCUAAACGUUGACCUUAACGGUGACCCGUUCUUUGGCAAUCGUCUGUCUACGCAGGUGACUCCAUUCUCCCAGUCGUCUCAUGAAACCGCUGGCACCACUGCGGUAGUGUCCGAGGCGAUGGCCGUCUCAAUAUAUCCUCACCAAAACAAGUCAGUACUGGUUGUAGGACAACAAGGAGCACCUCAACCCUCGACUCCAGAGCCUGGAGCCGUUGAUGGUUCGCAGCCUGAGAUGGCCGGCAAUCAUGAGCCUACGACUGGCCCAGUUACACCCCCUCGACAUUCCAACCCCAUGGAUGAAGUUGACUCUCCUCUGAGAAAUCCUCGUGCACCACCAGUACCACCAGAGAUCAAAUUUAUCCCCCCUACCCCAGCAUCCGUCCCUCCCGGCCAAGACGAGGAUCGCCAACUAGGAUACGAACAAGAACCUGCUACCUCAGAUAACAAGCCCAGACGUAGCCUCUCUCUGGUGCGACGUGCGUUCAGCAAUCGCCGCAAUUCCGAGCCUACCAUACAGCCUUGGGAGGGCCUUCUCAAGCGUACCUUCUCUCUAAGUAGUCGCCACAAGGAUCUGGUUGACACUUAUCCACGGUCCUCCCCAAGGAAUGUUAACCCAUCCACACUGUAUCCUUCAGUCUCAAGCCGUCCACCUGAUAGUACUAAAUUACAUCCAUUCUGGCGACCAUCUCAUUUCUGGGAUGAUCUGGAAGACUAUGACGAAGGUAGCGAUGAAUUUCGAAAUCCAUACCCUAUCAUUGAUAACAGACCGAAGCGUAGCUUGAGCGGCAAGCUCAAGCGAACUUUCGCAAUCCUGCCAAGCAAGGAGGACUAUGCGUAUCCUUCUUACUCGCCGGAUCGGCGUACCGUUCGAAGAACGCCCAGCGGGAAUAUGAGGGUUGUAAAGCACAGAAGCAAUUCAAGUCUUAGGAGGGAAGCCAGCGUCAGACGAAGACAUGGUGCUGGUGAAUCUGGUGAGGAACCAUUUGGCUACGGCUUUCCGUAUGGCAAUGGCGGGAGGAGUUACCAUACAAUUCCGGGCCUGGGCCUCAGAGUUGAAUAUGUAGGUUGGAGUGAGAUGAAGAGACGGUUAAGUGAGCGGAAGAGAGAACAGAGAAGUGAGAAAUUGAGGGCAAUCAUCAGCCCCCCAAGAGGUGUGCAAGAUGGUAUCAAUGACGUCUUACGAAGGAGAGCCGAGGCUUGA